GCUCACUCUACCCACCAAAUUCCGCACACAAUCUAAAGUUCACAAGAACCCUAGAUUAACACUUAUUUUCACGUUUUCAAAAGAAACGAAAAAGAUUUUAAAUCUGUAACAAAGUCUAUUCACCCCCCCUCUAGACUUUGUAUUUCACCACUUUGGGACCACCAACUUCUAUUUUCAGGAAAAGUUCAACGAUAAGCUUGAAGCAAAUCUUAAGAAGUGGGGUGGUGGAAUCCACAACAACCAAGCCUUAUGUGAUGGAAUCAUGGGUACAAAAUCCCAAGCCAAGAAAAAAGUUUUACAAUCGAAGAAGACUUCAUCCGAAAGGAAGAAGCUGAUGAUACCCGAUCCGCCCUCCUGCUUCUAGAUCGACAAUGACAAAGCAUCGCGGAUGACGCCGGGACAGCCCUCCUGGCUGGCAGAACCGGCGGCCCUCCUUACGGCAUUGGCAGCGGCGACUUUGGGCGUGGCAGUGGAGCGCCUGGCAGCGGGCACAGCGGCGGCAGUGGUGGCCGCGGACAGCAGGGGCGCAGCUACGGUCGUGGUGGAGGCGGCCGUGGACGCAGACGUGGACGAAACUCUGGCUCGCAACGACACCCGCAUGACGGCUACGUACCUUGGAACAACUCACCGCAACCCAACCCCGGCUCGGACACAGUUCACGCAUGACAUCCUAGAGCGUGCCGGCAUGACCACUUGUCGUCCCAUCUCCACUCCAGUCGAUACGAAGGCCAAAUUGUCUGGCACAUCAGGCACGCUGGCAGCCGACCCAGCUCUCUAUCGAUCCAUAGUUGGAGCACUCCAGUAUCUCACAUUCACCAGGCCAGACAUCUCCUACUCUGUUCAGCAGCUGUGUCUCCAUCUACACGCCCCACGAGAUGUCCACGUCACGGCCAUGAAGCGUGUCCUACGCUAUCUCCGUGGCACCUCCACUUACGAUAUAAUCGGGAAAGUAGUUAGUCCAACUGUGCCCGAAACCCAUAUGGUUAAAAAUGCCCCGGAGCAAAUGAUGGAAGUUACCUUGGAGAACCACAACGAUGCUGCUUCGCUUAUUUUGUGGGAUAAGGAAUGUUCAGACCUUCUUGGAAUGCCAGCGGGUGCCAUGAAGAGUAUGAUGGACGAGAGAAAUGAUGAUUCAAGCAACAUUCCGAAGGAGAUUAGAGACAUUGUUGAUAUGCGGGCGUUAUUUUGCAUAUACCUCAAAGAGGCUAUGGAAAACAAUUCCUAUGUCGGUGGCAAAAGUUUUGGAGUUUCGGAUCUUAUAACAGAUAAAACUAUCAUAUCUCGAUAUGAAACCAUUGAUUUGGAUGAUCAAUUUGAACAAGCCCUUAUAGAACAUGAGAAGAAUGGAGAUGCUUUAAAAAUGAUUGGUUCAAAUGAUGUCCUGAAGGUUUUGAGAGAUGAGAGUAUAUCAAGGAAAGAAGUAAUUGAUCAAGCGGACCCUGUGAAAAAAUCUUUACAAGAUGAAUUCAGUUCAACUGCAGAAAAUAAGAGAUUGAAGGCGAUCAAGGUGGAGAAGGAGUGACGUAUAAAUCAAUUGUUUUAUUUUGUGUUUGAUGAAUUUAAAUUUUGAAACACUAGCAUCCUGUUUUGUUUUUUAAGUUCUGUAAAGUUUAAUUUCGUUUUUUAAAUUCUCAAUAAAGCAAACUUGCCUUU